GCCUUUCUAUGAAAAGGGAUUGUGGUUCAGAAGAGAAUCGCACUGGUUCUCAGUACUGUUGAUAUUAGCUCAUUGCGCACACAUGGACAUCUGCCACAUCACUGGAAUCAGGUCAGGAUCUCAUCAUACCCUUUAUGUAUGAAUGUGGGAGAAAUGAACCUGCUUGAAGCAAUAAAUCAUAAUCUCGCUUUAUUUUUAAAGCUGUUUUUAUUUCUUAUUUGUAAUGUUGUUUGCUUAUGGAUCAGUUGCUCCAGUCGGAUAAAUGAUCUGAGAAUAGACAGUCAUGUCUGUGCAGGUUUCUUGAUAACCCGUCCUCCGGUUGCAUCAUGAUGCAUCAAUGUAUUGAUCGAUUUCAGAAGAGUCAAGAGUUUAGGUGCUAAUCUUUGAAGAGCUGUGAGAAAAAUUUCCGUGUAUCACAUUAUGAAACAUCAGUCAGACCACGUCCAUUUCCCUGAUCAGUGGGCGGGGCUUUCGCGCUCCCUGCAGGCCAUUGGCUGAGCCCCGGAAAGGUGUGCGCGGAAGGCGGGUGCUCGUGCGAUAUAAACAGAGCACCGGUGAGCGCGUGCAAGGUGAUCCGCGCGCACUGGAGAAGAUGCUGCCUCAGACUCUGAAGGUGACCGGCAGGAGCGCGCUCCCUCUGCUCAGGUGGGCUGACGUCAUGCGCGCGCCCCCGUCUCAGCAGGUGAAGACGCUCGAGCACAUGCCCGGACCUUCUUCCGCGGGAUUCCUGUGGGAUCUGUUCUUCAGACGCGGACUCACUCGCCUCCACCAGCUGCAGCUGGAGGGCAGGAGUAAGUACGGGCCGGUGUGGAAGGCCAGUUUCGGACCCAUCCUGACGGUUCAUGUGGCAGAACCGGAUCUGAUCGAGCAGGUUCUGCGUCAGGAGGGCCAUCAGCCCAUGCGAUCCGAUCUCUCGUCCUGGAAGGAUUACCGGCGGCUCCGGGGAGAAGGGUUCGGACUCCUGACAGCUGAAGGCGAGGAGUGGCAGAGCGUGCGGCGUCUGCUGGGGAAACACAUGUUACGACCCCAAGCUGUGGAGGCGUACGACCUCACGCUGAACUCCGUCGUCACGGACCUCGUGGAGAAGCUCAAGCUACGCCAGCGGGAGAACGCCAGCGGCCUCGUGUCCGACGUCUCGGCCGAGUUCUACCGCUUCGGUCUCGAAGGGAUUUCCUCGGUGCUGUUCGAGUCCAGGAUCGGCUGCCUCGACCCAGUGGUUCCAGUGGAGACGGAGCGCUUCAUCCAGUCCAUCAACAGCAUGUUCGUCAUGACUCUCCUCACGAUGGCUAUGCCUCAGUGGCUCCACCGGCUCCUUCCCAAACCCUGGGAAACCUUCUGCCGCUGCUGGGACGACAUGUUCCGGUUCGCGAAAGGUCACAUCGACCAGCGUCUUGAGGAGGAGAGGCAGAAGAUGUCUCGAGGAGAGCGUUUAGAGGGACGAUACCUGACCUAUUAUCUGUCUCAGGCCGGCGUGCCGCUGAAGUCUGUGUACAGUAAUGUGACCGAGCUGCUCCUCGCUGGCGUCGACACGAUCUCCAGCACGCUGUCCUGGUCCCUGUACGAGCUCGCUCGGCAUCGGGAGGUCCAGACGGCCCUGCGGGACGAGGUUCUGAGCGUGAUGAAGGACCGGACCGUCCCAAACGCAGGCGACGUCGCUGCCAUGCCUCUCAUGAAGGCCGUGAUCAAGGAAAUCCUCAGGCUCUAUCCUGUAAUUCCGGCCAAUGCGAGAGUCAUCCCAGACAAAGAUAUUAAAGUUGGAGGAUAUCUCAUCCCUAGAAACACUCUGAUCACUCUCUGCCACUACGCCACGUCCCGUGACCCGAAACACUUCCGAGACCCGGACUCCUUCGUCCCGCAGCGCUGGAUGAGUCGCUCCGAGGGAAACCAUCCGUUCGCCUCGGUUCCCUUCGGCGUGGGCAAACGCAGCUGCAUCGGCCGGCGCAUCGCUGAGCUGGAGCUUUACCUGGCGCUUUCCAGGAUUUUAAUGCACUUUGAUGUGGAGCCGGCAAAAGAGAACGACACAGUCCGUCCGAUGACCAGAACUCUUCUGGUUCCAGAGAGACCGAUCAACCUGCGUUUCAUUGAGCGCUGACCUGGAGGUCAGAGGUCAUCAGGACCCGGUGAGACGGAACUGGCCGUCUCUGAUGGUGAGAUCCAGAGAGCCAGGAGGAUUCUGGGACGUCCCGAAGAGAAGCAGGCCUGAGGCUAAACGGGUCCCGAACCGGCGAUGUGUCUGCGACUCCCUGUGCGACGGAUCUGCGAGACUCAGAGACUGGGCACUGAAGUGUGACCUCGCAUCCAUCAUCCGUGCAAACAUACGAAUGUAAGAAACGCUAAAGACGUCCAUUGUUGGAUGAAGAUGCACAGAAAGCACUUUUGGUGUCUUCGGGACUCGGAAAACGGAAAGGCACAGGAAUCUCGCCAAUAUAUUUACAGCUGUUCAUUUGUAGAUACUUUUAUGUAAAACAGCUGAACACAAAUGAGGAGAGUCCAUGGAGGGCAGCUUAUGGUCAAAUGCAGAUUUGGUGCUAAUUUACUGUCAGUUUAAGAACCACUGUGAUCCGUCUCUGGUCUUAUUCGCUGUGGUCACUUGCUGUCUAUUGAGAAGAACGAUGUCAGCGUUGGCGGACACCACAUGUUCACCGCAUGUUAGCC